CCCCAUUGAUCAUCACCACUUUUCUCAUCUCAGAAAACAAACCAAAUCACUCAAUCAAAUCAUCUGAAAAAAUGUUAGCAGUAUUUGAGAAAUCAGUGGCUAAAUCCCCAGAAGCACUACAAAGUCCAAACAAUGACAGUGCUGUUUGUGCUAUGAAAGAUGGUUUCUUGGCACAACGUUUCUCAUCAGCACAUUCAGGUUCAGUUACUAUCAAUCUUGGUUCUGCUGGUUUAUUGGCUUACUCUUCUGAACGCCAAAACCCUCUUCUUCCCAGGUUGUUCGCUGUUGUGGAUGACAUUUUCUGCAUGUUUCAAGGCCACAUUGAGAAUGUAGCACAUCUUAAGCAACAGUAUGGAUUAAACAAGACAGCAAACGAAGUGAUCAUUGUUAUUGAGGCUUACAGGACUUUGAGAGAUAGAGGUCCUUAUCCUCCAGAUCAAGUUGUGAAGGAUAUUCAUGGAAAGUUUGCUUUCGUUCUUUAUGAUAGCUCUUUGAAGUCAACUUUUCUAGCUUCUGAUGCUGAUGGCAACGUGCCUUUCUUCUGGGGUACUGAUGCCGAAGGCCACCUAGUUCUCUCAGAUGAUGCUGACAUUGUGAAGCAAGGCUGUGGGAAAUCCUUUGCACCAUUUCCCAAAGGAUGCUUUUUCACAUCUUCUGGUGGCUUGAGGAGUUAUGAGCACCCACGUAACGAGUUGAAACCAGUACCUAGGGUGGACAGCUCAGGCGAGGUGUGCGGUGCAAACUUUAAGGUGGACUCAGAGUCUAAGAAGGUGGAGUCAGGCAUGCCCAGAGUGGGGAGUGCUGCUAACUGGUCCCAACACUACUAAGCUGACUGCUGUUUUCUUCACCAUGAAGGCUUCAUUAUUAGUUGGCCUUCUAUCUGUUAUUGCCAACUCUUUAUCAACUCGUUGAUAACUUCUCUAUUGCAAUGAGCUUUAUGGAUUUGUAGAGAUGUUAAGAAGUGAGGAAAGAUAUUUCAUAUGAGACUACUAAUGCAUGUGAUUCUCUAUGUCGUACACUGAAUUAGGCCAUUUUCUUGGCUGGAAGAUGCCUACUUUAAAUAACAAUGUCUUUGAUACAGGGGCUUUGCUUA